AUGUUAAUCGUCGUCACUCGUCAAUGCCCAGCAGUCAAUCGUCGACAGACGGCAGUAGCCGGUCGGAGUCAGACGGCAGUAGUCGGUCGGUCAGUCGGCGAUCAUUACGUAGGACAAUGUCGGAGUGAUGAUUUUGUAACAGAUGGUUUUAAUAGUUGGAAUAAAACGGAGAGACUUGGUCUUCAUGUUGGCAACAUUAAUAGUUUUCACUAUAGAGCACUUAAGAAAGGUGAGGAUCUAAUGAGCCAAGAUCGAUCUAUUGCCGUUGCCUUUCAUAAGCAAACUGAGAAGGAGAAGAAUGAGCACCGAAUACGUUUAAAUGCUUUAAUUAAGACUUGUAGAUUCUUGUUGAAGAAUGCAUUGCCCUUUCGUGGUCACGAUGAAUCUGAAAUGUCUAUUUCUAAAGGCAUGUUCUUAGAAACAUUAGCCUUAAUUGGUGAUUGCAAUGAGGAUGUAGUUGAUGAGUCUAGUGACGUUUCUAAGAAGGAACAAAUGACGGUGGUUUUACGAUAUGUUGAUGCACGUGGUAUUGUAAGAGGGCAAGGUUAUGACGGAGCAAGCAAUAUACGCGGUGAGUUCAAUGGAUUAAAGGCCUUGAUCUUGAAUAAAAAUAUCUCGGCAUAUUAUAUCCAUUGUUUUGCUCACCAACUUCAAUUAGUUGUUGUGGCGGUUGUAAAUAAACAUGACGGAGUUGAGAACCUUUUUAAUAUAUUAAGAAUGGUGAUCAAUGUGGUGAAUGUUUCUUACAAGCGUAAAGACAUGCUUCGACAAAGUUACAAAGAUAGAGUGCAAGAAGCAAUUGAUUUCCAGCAGGACAUUGAUUUCAACGAUAAUGUUCACAUUGAAGUCAAGGCACGGACAAAAUUCAGCCGUGAGGAUCAAAAUUUGAAGAUUGACCAUGGAAAGCAAGCAGCAGUUGAAUAG